AUGGCCGCUCACCCCCUUCAAGCCCUAGGCGAGGCAGUUGGCUCCGUGGGGAUCGACCCCAGGGCUAACCAGCUUUCAUCACUGUUCCAAGGAGCUAAUGAUGGCCCCGCAAGAACAGCCGCGAAAAUUACUGGUGUGCAAGGCUACGGUAAAAGAGAGGAUGAUAGCACCUACUUCACAAGUAACGAGGGCAUUCCCUUCCCGGAUCCAGCUCACAGCAAGACUGUCGGAGGCAUACCUGUGGCUUCUGAUAUCCAUCUAUUCCAGAAACAGCAGCACUUCAACCGAUCGAAGAAUCUGGAGAGAAUGGUUCAUCCUUGCGGUAGUGGAGCCUUCGGAUAUUUCGAGACAACUAAAGAUAUCACGGCGCAUUGCAAGGCCGACUUCUUGAAAAGCGUCGGCCUCAGAACCCCAGUGUUCACUCGAUUUUCAACUGUCACUCUGGGUCGCGAGUUUCCAGAUCUGGCUCGAAACCCUCGUGGCUUCGCCAUCAAAUUUUACACUGGAGAAGGCAACUAUGAUAUUCCUGUCUUCUUUUGCCGUGAUCCCAUCCAGGGCCCGGAUGUCAUCCGCUCCCAGUAUCGGAACCCACAGAAUUUUUUACUCGACCAUAACUCGCUGUUUGAUCUCCUCGCUAACACACCGGAAGGUAACCAUGCCGGGAUGAUGUUUUUUAGUGAUCACGGUACACCGCAGGGAUGGAGACAUAACCACGGAUACGGAUGCCAUACCUUCAAAUGGGUUAACAAGGACGGCGAGUUCGUCUAUAUCAAGUAUCAUUUCCUCGCCAAUCAGGGUCAAAAACAAUUUACUGCCGACGAAGCAAUGAGACUUAGCGGAGAAGACCCCGAUUACUCAAAGCGUGACCUUUGGCGUGCCAUUGAAAAUGGCGAAGAGAUUACCUGGACUGCGCAUGUUCAAAUCAUGGAGCCGGACGAGGCUGACCCAGAUAUCCUUGGAUUUGAUCCAUUUGAUGUCACCAAAGUUUGGCCCAAGAGCCAGUUCCCGUUGCACGAAUUCGGCAAGCUGGUUUUGAACCGCAACCCGGAGAACUUCCAUAGAGAUGUGGAGCAGGCUGCAUUUUCUCCAGGCAGCAUGGUCCCGGGGAUUGAAGACAGCCCAGAUCCUCUUCUUCAAUUUCGCACUUUCUUCUAUCGCGAUGCUCAACUACAUCGAAUCGGAGUCAACUGGCAUCAGAUUCCAGUCAACUGUCCAUUCAUGGCAUCUUCUUACGCUUCAUUGAACUUCGACGGUCAAAUGAGAGUUGACGCGAACCACGCCGGAAAUGCGCAGUAUGCACCAAACAGCUUCGUGAAUAAGUUCCGCCCUGAUACUGCCGAAGCUCCAUACCAGCUUGCUGAUAGCACUGUGAGUCGUAAGUCGCAUUUCUGGCAUGAGGGCAGCCCCUCUGAGUACGAGCAAUCCCGAUCGCUCUAUGAAAAGGUUAUGAAUAGCGAAGCCCGGGAGCAUCUCCAUGUGAACACUGCCUCCGCGCUUAAGAAGGUGGAGUACUCCGUGAUCCAAGUGAAAUAUUUGGCGCAGCUGUUCAGAGUUUCCCACCAAUAUGCUAAGGCUGUGUAUGAUCUGUUGCCGGAGAAAUCGUUCAGCUUCGAAGAAGUGGAGGAAAGUUCCCAAGGAGCCGAGAAGAUAGGCAAAGAGGAGAAGUUCUGCUCAAGUGCGAAAACAGACAAGUUGGUAGGAAAAUGUCCCAGAGCAAAGGUUUAUAACACCUAG